AUGUCAACCUCCUGGUCACCUCUGUACUUGCCAACUUCUGAAUGCAUCAGUGACCAGACUCGUGGAGUCAACCUCAGAUUGGAGUUCAAACAUAUUGAUUACUACCCUCUUGAAAAGGAGCCGGUUGAUUCCGAGUAUGAUUUGAGUAUUUUCGCUUUUGAUGACACGAGCAAAACAAUUCUGAGCAAUAUAUGGACAUUCAGAAAACUUGAAAAAAAUGUUAAGGAAGAUAAUUGUGUUUCGUUCGUUCUAAGGCAGUCAUUGCAUUUUCGCUCAACAAUGUUGAACAGCUUGAAAUAUUUUGUAUUUGUACUGACAUCUUCCAGUGCCAUGGAUAUAAAUGCAAGCUCGGAAAUCGGUUGGUGCUCUGUAAAUGUUCAAGAAAUGCUUCGUAGUUCAUCGUUCCCGCAUUCUUACAGUGCAAACCUUUGCAAAGGAUCAUGUCGGUUGGUUUACAUAUUGCCUGAAAUUUAUGAUGCUUCGAUGGUGAUUCGGGAAAAGCAUUGCAUUUAUUACUCGAUUGAUUGCAACGAGGAUCUUGAGAACUGCUUGUACCUCGUUCCUGAGAAUAAAUUUGUCCCCUUCGUUGCUCAUAUUCCUGGUAUAAUUAGAAACAUGGAAUUAAAAAAAUGGAGCACUGGGGACUUCGUGAAGAUUUACAUUGAAGAUAUAUCAGUUACCAUGAUUUCUUCUCAAAUGGCAGAGUUUGAAAAUUCCUUGUGUCUGAAGUUUUUCGAUGAUUUGGCUAUUGCUUCUAACCAACACGGGGCGCUGACUUCUGCAAAAAUGCAGGUUCUAGAGAGACGAAUAAAGAUAUUUCUGCACAAUCGUUAUACUGUUGUUCAACCUAUACCAGUUAUCUAUUUGGAUACAGUAAUUGAAUCGGACAGAGGAUCAAGUUCAGGGAGAAGAAAGUCAGUCAGUCUGUCAGAGUCAUCAUCAAAAACAUACCUUAUGGCACGCAAUGACGCAGAAUUAUUUAUACCUCAGGAUCCGAAGUGUGCAAUCGUAUUUAUAUUGGAGUAUGUCUUGUGUGAAAUUACAAGUUCAACUGUACCGUUGAAAUUUAACUGCACAGUGAGAUGGGCAACAUAUGCACUUGAAGAUAAUAUGGAAUUGUUAAAAAGUGGUGAAAAUCAUUCAAUCAAUUUAAAUUUAUCACUACGUGGAAGUGUACAACCAGUGAUUGAUUCUAGAGAUACUGACGUGAUACAAACUGAAGAUAUUGAUAGUUUUGAAAAGUCUUUACUGAAAACAGUUUGCCCAGACGGAAGUUUAUGUUUCACGGAAAAUGUUCGUUCAACAAUGGGACUUGUUUUGAGUUGCACAUUAUCUACUGGAAUUCGUAAAGAAAUGGGUGAAAAUUCUGUAGCUGAAGAAACUAUUGUGAUUACAAAACAGUCUAAAGGAGAAUUUCAAGCUCCAAUCGUAAGACAAGAUAUUUUGAACAGCCAGUCGAAUGGUUCUUUACAGUCACAAAUUGAUGUUAUCUCACCUAGAAAGAAACAAAUUCAAUUAAAUAAACAAAAAUUCAAAUCCAAACACCCAAUGAAAGGUAAUUUAGUCUUCAAUGAUAUUAAACAAUCUGAUGAAAUAGAACAAUUCAAUGCAAAUAUAUUACCUAUACCAAUUCAAGCACAGUUUAAUUUAUACACCCAGUUAUUACAACAACAACAACAACAAAUGGGUCUUUUAAAUCCAUAUGUUAGUUUCUUAAAUCGUGGGACAAUGAUUGGUCCUUAUCUAGGUGGAAUAGGACCAACAUUAUAUGAGCCAUUAGAAGCAUCUUUACCACUAAUAGGACCGUUUAUGGAUAAGAAAGCAAACGGUCCGUUAAUUCUUUUAAGCAAUACACAUUCUUGCAUUGGAUUGAGUCGUGCAGCUUAUGCUAAACUUUAUUCAGCAGGUUUUGAGUCAAUUCAAACAGAAAAUGGUGAUCCACCCUUCACAAUUGAUCCUCAUACUGAUACAAUUGGUGAUUUUGUAUUCAAGAAAGAAGAAAUGGAUGUAUUGACUCAAAAUGAAAUUAUUUUCAGUUCUUGGCUUAUUCUGGAAUCUUUAAAUUUAGUCGUAUUAUUUUUAUAUAGGUUUGAACCAACCGUGCAAUCUGUUGAUAUUCCUGAUCUACCUGAGCAAAUCUACUUUACCUUUCAAUUUUAUCGUUUCCCUCAGAUAAAAACACCAACUUUAUUUAUUGGAAAAUCUCUGGAGGAUACUGUGGAUUCAGUUGGCAUGACAUGUAGGAUAAUCUGGAAGUUAAAACCUCAGGUUGAAAAACUGUCCUUAUCAGAAAUCAAGUCAAGUUUACCCUCUACAAAAGUGGAAAAUAAAGUACCAGGGUAUAAGAUUAUUUUUCAUAUUGAUCAAAAUUAUUUCAAACCUGGUGAAUUGGAAAUAUUUUUCAACUAUCUAAUUCGUACAAAUAUGCAAAUUGAUGUCUGGAAUGCAAAGUCUCAUAUACUAAUUGGAAGUUGUAUGGUAGAGUUGAAACAUCUUUGUCGUCAAGGUCGUCAGGCAGUUCAAGUCACUUACUCUACAGACAUUCUACGAUCAAAUGACAAUGAUUUAUUUGAUGAUGAACCUAGUCCCAUGAUUCCACCUGAUAUUCAAGGUCGUCUACACCUACGUCUUGCUAAUGUUGGACAUUGUAAAGAACCAAGGGAGAUAAAUGUCAGAAAUGCUAAUCGAAAAAAGUAUCUGAUUAACGAAAGUGAUGCUGGAUGUUUAGGGAAAUUUAAAGGAGGCGCUCUUUCAAAUUUGAAUUUAAUGAAACAAAAAGAAGUAAAUAUGAAUUCAACAGGUCUUAUAAUUCGAGCGUAUAAAAUCAAAUCAACUAAUAAUGAACUACAAGAAAUGUUAAAAUUGAUUAAUUUAUCAUCAGAAAAAAGAAUACCAACAAGUAUAACAUCAAUGAAAUUAAUAAAUAAUGAAAAUAGAAUGAAAAAACUAUCUUAUCAAGAUGAAAUGAUAAGACAAGAAAAACUGGAACGUUUACAUAGAUCAUUAAAAGCGAUUCAAGGUUCAUCAAAUGUAUAUAAUGAAAAAGUAUCAUCGAAAAUAUUCAAUAUAAACAAUUUAUUAACGGAAAAGAAAUUACAACUGGAUACCAUUAAUCAUUAUAGAGAGCAGAAAAAACGUGAAUUAAUUGAAUUCAUGAUUAAUAAUGCUUCAACAAUUGAACAUGAUUUAUACACAAGUUUUGGUUGUACAGAAUUUUUUGAAUAUCAACUAAAGAAUCCAUAUCAUAUAGAAGAUAAUGUUUGUAUAAAAAUUGAAGAUGAUUCGAACAGCUUAUCCGUUGUUAUAGAUUCACGUGAAGUACGUGCUCUAAAAUUAGCCUUUGGUAUUGAUACGCCAACGGAAGACAAUUUAUUUGCUAUAGAUUUAACUAAUGAUGAUUAUACAACUGAGCAAAAGAGUAAUACUGAAAGGAAGCUGUUGAAAAAGAACAAUGUCACAUUAUUUCUUAAACCAAAUGAAACCGUUUUGUUACCGAUGAAAUAUGAAGAAUCAACAAUGUUUCAUAACGCUAAACAAUAUGAAGGUGUAGAUGAAAGAAGUCUAUCAGAGUUCAUCUCAAGUGUUGAAGACAAGCCAACGCAUAUGAAUCGUGUUGUACAAGUAAUUUUCAAGUCAACUACAUAUGGAAAGAUAAUAUCACAAUUAAUUCUACAUGUUCAUAUUCAACCGCCAAUAAUUGAUCAUAGUUUCCGAUUUUUUCAUCCUGAAUUAAGUUAUCUAAAAAAAAUUUUACGUCUUCCAAGAAAUGCAAUAGAUUGGAGAAAUAUUUAUAUGCCUGAUCAAAUAAUUCAACCAAUUAAUUAUCAACUAUGGACUAGAGUCUCUGAUCAAGAUGUGUUAACUUUAUCAAAUGUUCAAGGUGAUACAAUUGAUUUAUUGAUUAAAGUUGGUCUAGGAAAAUCACCACAAAUACGUGAAUUUCUUAUCAGUGUAUAUGUGGAACCUUUUCAAAUUCGUCCAGCAUAUAUUUGGUACUGGGCUAUACAUUCACUUCAACGAAUAGAUGCUGUUGCAACAAUUGGACAGUCAUCUGCUCCAAUAGGCUUAUUAUUACGUACAGAUGAUUGUUCACCAAAUAUUGGCUCAAAACGUAUCAGUAUAUAUACUAGUCAUCCUAAUGAAGUAUUAGUUGGUACAGAAUUUACUUCAAAUGGUUUACAGCAGAAUCCUAUCGGAAAAGAACUAACACUGUCCGUUUCAUCUCGUUCUGUUUACGAAUUAAAGGUUAAAUUAUGCCCAAGGUGUGCUGGUAAGAAAAUCUAUCAAAUCAAUGUGGUGGAUCCAGAUAUUCAACGUGUACUACGUGCUUGGAUUCUAUGCGUUGAUGUUAAACAACCGGAAAUCACAAAAUCAUUCAAUAUAAAGCUACCUAAACAAGGCAUCAAUGAAACAUGUAAUAAACGGAUUACUUACACUAAUCCAUAUCAGUAUAAUAAAACACUUAUACUGGAAACGAAUAGACCUAAUUUGGUCCAGUUUAAGGAGUCUAUAAUAGAAAUUCCAGCUGCAGGAACAAUUCAAAUUGGACUACGUUUCAUUCCACAACGAACAAUCGAUUCGGAACAAAUAUAUAUCUUUAUCAAAGAUGAACAAGGCAAAAAUUUGGAGACAUUUUCAGUGAUUGCUCAAUAUUACUAG